CUUUAUUAAUCUGCACACCAAUGCAAGCUACCAAGCCCGUCACCGCUCCAUGCAUAUCCACUUGGCAUUACAAAACUAAUCGGUCGGUUUCAUCUGCUGCAGGUUAAUCGGUUCCUCAUAUCAUACCAGUGUGAUUCAUGGAUAUAUGUAAGAGCGGCAAAAUAGCAAAUUUCUCUACCACACGGGAGCCGCCGCGGAGGGGAACCAUGGACCAGAAGGACCGGCUGAGCUGCCUCCCCGACGACGUCCUCCAAUCCAUCCUCCGCAAACUCUCGCUCAAGCAGGCCGUCCGCACCGGCGCGCUCUCCCGGUGGUGGGAGUCCCAGUGGAUUCGCGCUCUCGCCGGCUCCCCUGUUGUCAACCUCACCGACGACCCGGACUUUGCCCGCGGCCAGCCGCCGGCGCUGUCUGCGGCCACGGUGGAUCGCUGCCUCCGGCUCCACGCCGAGCUCGGUACGCCCCUCGAGGUGUUCCGCGUGGCGCUGGUUUGCCCAUCAGAUCUGGACGGGCAAGACGUCAUCGGGUGGAUCGCGGCUGGCCUGCGGAGGGGCGCCAAGGCGGUCGAAGUGGAUUUGGCGCCGCCGCUGCCGGAGGAGGAGGAGGAGGAGGAGGAGGAGGGCGAGGAGGAGGUGGAGGAGGAGGAGGAGGAGGACCCGCACGCCGGUCACGAGGCGCCGCUCUUGGAGCUCCCCGCCGAUCUGUUCCAGGCCAGGAACUCACUGGAGCGGCUGGCGCUCGGUCGGUUCAGCCUCCGCGCCGUUCCGCUCCCCGCGGUGGGUCUCGCCGGCCUCCGCUCGCUCUCCCUCAGCCACGUCGACGUCACCGACGAGGCGCUCCGGGGCCUUGUCGCCAACUGCCCGGCGCUCGAGCGCCUCAGCCUGAGGCGCUGCUCCCGCCUCGCCAUGGUGAGCGUGGCCAGCGAGACGCUGCGGGUGCUGGAGCUCGUGGGCUGCCAGGCCUUGAAACAACUCUGCGUCGACGCGCCCGCGCUGGAGUCGUUCGCCCUGCACUGCAACGUCUUCGUCACCAACCGCGACGCUUCCUGUGAAUGGGAUUGGGAUACUCCUGUUGAAGUCGACUUACUCGGCCCGCCGGCCCUCCGGGACGCGUAUCUGUCACACAUCGGCUGCGACACCCGCCUCGACACCGAGCAUAACAUGCUCUACCCUUCCUUGUGCCUCGACGUCGUGCUAGCCCGGAUCCUGACUAUUUGCUCCGUCGUCUUGCUGCAUGUUGAUUCACUCAGCUGGCUCGACCCAUUCAAAGACAUGCCGAACCUAGAAGAGUUGCAGCUGCUGAUGGACUACGAAGGUUACUGCCUUGAGGCCGUGUCCGGUUUCUUCAAGCUCAUCCCACUUCCAGUCCUUCAACGGCUCUUUCUCCAUAUUGAUCACGAGCCGGAGGGAGAAGGCAGCUCAUCGGCAGCAGUGUGGAGCGUCGAGAACGAUGACAGCGAAGACAUGGCACCCAGGGAGGAGAUCGUCCUUGACCAGCUGACAUUCGUUAAGUUUGUGAAUUUUAGUGGGACAUGGUGCCAGCUGCAGUUGCUCAGCUUCUUCCUGGAUAAGUCCCCUGUCCUCCAGCAGCUGGUGCUGGUCACGCCGGAAGGGGAGGAAGCUCUGGGAGACGACCGACUAAAGGUCAUCUAUGAGCGGGUGGCCGCAUUGGAGAAGGCGUCGAGCGAGGCAAGCAUUACCAUGUGCCGGCCCAAGGAAGACGAUACCCCGAACCAUCCACACACGAGGUACUUCCACGAGGAGUAUGAAACUAUGUAACUAUGCUAUAUAAGCAUGCAUCGAUCAGGCAUAUGCAUGAUUCAAACUCUUUAUCAAUUAGGGGUGAAAACGGGUCAGGUAUACUCGCCGGGUACAGGAUACAGAUAGUGCAAAUACCCGUUUUUCGGAUACGGAUUCGGGUAUUUUUAUAUUCGGGACGGAUACGGUUAAUACCUGGAUAGUCCAGCUUCGGAUUCAGGUUGGAUACGGAGCGAGUACUACCCAGUAAAUACCCGUAUAUUCGGGUCGGAUACGGUUACCCGGAAUUCGGGUACCCGUUUUUUUUCUUUUCUGAAUAAUAAUAUAGUUAAAAAAUCGUAACUUUUA